AUGCGGUGCCCAGUGAUCCCCUGUCCUGCUGUCCGAAUACGGGAUACUUGUAUCAUCGCUCUUCAGAAGACGCACAGCGACGUUUCUUCGCUCACAAGUGUCGUCGACGACGACGACGACGAAGCAACGACGGAGCAUUCGCAUUCCUCUUCGUUAUUGAUGACUGGCGACUGGUGGAACUUCCGCACUUCGACGCCCUUGGCUGUGUCGAUCAGCGUCCUCGUCCAAUAUGCAAUCGUGCUCAUCCCCACGUUCUCUUUCGGAAGUUCCUUUCAAGGAGUGUUGUGUGGGUCGACGCUUGCUUGCUGCUACCUCGGAGUUCUGGUGAAUCGUUCUUUCUACUUUCCUGGGGGCGUCAUGCAACCGCUUGUUUUUGGUGCUCUGCUUGGAGUUAUUCCAGCCACGUAUGUCAGUUCAACACUCGUUAUGGUCGCCGAGCUUAGCCGGGCAGUAGGGGCUUACGGGGAUAACGGUUCGGGGCUCCACAUCGGCGAAGGAAACCUCGAAGUCACAACUGCAGAUGUGUUCGCUCUCAGAGAUUUGAAGCCCGAAAAUUUUCGGUAUGAUAUGAUGGGUCAGGCACAUGAGGCACUGCCAGUAAAAGAGGAAAAUGGCGCUCGCAAAGCUGGCAAGACAGAAGAAGGGACUUUUUGUGCGGUUCCGGUGGUUGGCGAUGAAUGGAAAGUUGAUGAGCCGGUUCCUUUUUGGUAUGUCUGCGAGAACAACUUCCAAUUUUUCGUCGAAUGCAGAGAUGCAUAUGAGGGAGUUUAUGCUGACAAGGACUACUACGGAUAUCGCGCCCUGAGAGAGUGUUUGAGGGCUCCGCUUGAUAUCAUGGAAGGUUGGUUUAAUUCUGAACAGGUCGGUCAAGCAGAAAUUCCGAGGAAGUCACCUGCGGUUUUAUCGUACAACAAUUUGGGUACGCGGAAAACUAGCGCAAAGGACCGGCCUUCUCGUGUCAACCCAGCGACAGAAAAGGUCAACAUGGGGAGAGGAGAAACCGCAAAUGUUUGUGAAAGAUUUCAGCAUCCAUCAUGCGCAGUGUUAAAUGAGUCGACAACACCACGGAAUAUAUUGAACCAUUCGGCAUACUCACUGCCGCUCGGAGAGGUAGCGCGAAGGAUAUCUACUUUCGCCAAUAAUGGCACCGUCAAUGCAGAUCCACAGAUUAUAAGCAAGCCUAAUCAACUAACUGGACAAAAACAGCCAAGCUCUCUCCUGCAAAAUUAUACUGACCAUCGGCUGUCUGCACUGCGAACACGGUCACCUGUCCAGUUGAUGUACUUCUAUCGUCUAGGCUUCAUGAGCACAAACAUUCACAUCACACAAUUUGCACAAACUGCAUUGAUGCACUCGAGCAUUCGUUUCCAUGUUGCACUCCGAGGCGAGCCCCCAAAGUUGAGACUCGCAACAUACCAGGAGCCAUGCUGUACUUCGCACAAAGCUGAUUUAAUCGAGAAUAUUUUUGCAGCGGCGCUUGGACCAGUCUUGGCCGCUGUGUUGGCACACUUAACUCUGACCAUUUUCCGGGCACUUUCACGAAGACAAGGAUCGAGCCGAACUGCGUUCAAGACAUGACAGCAGAUCGCAAGCGUUUAAAUGAACACGAACACUUCCAUUUGCAAACUAAUCAUCCCUAGACUUGGCACAAAUGUCGACGCAGAAUUUACUAUUUUGCCCAAAUUCUCGCUUGACCAAUAUCAUGUUCACAGAUCCACCGGGAACUUGGAAGUCGGGAGGAUAUCAUGCAUAAAGCUGUCCAUGACUGAAAAUAUUCAUAUGAAUAAGUAAAUGUCCAGGUCGUGACGAUUUCGUGUUGUUCUGUCAUCGCACAAACUGACUGUCCUUGGGGUUGAGGUAGCCCUCAGGGGCAGGAGCGAGCUCGAAAAUUGCCACAGCAUGCGGGGAGACAAGAUAGCUUCCCUUUGUCCCUGCAAGCUCAACAUAACUUAGGGUACAAUCAGAAGGGAACGCCAACGAUGUAUCGACAACUCGGACCCAUGCAAACUCAUCAGGCGGGUGACCAAUUUCAGCGCUCUGCAGAUCUCUUGUCCCAUUAAAGACAAUGAUCGCAUCUUGAGAUGGAACUGUCGUGUCCGCGGCCUUUAUUCCCGUCCGAUCAUGCGGUGAGUGCGCUUUGCGGUGACACAUGAGCAAACACGGUGCAGUAUAUUCGUCCCAUUUUGGCGAAGUGUAUCCAUCCAUGACUGUCCAGUGCACAUUUGCACCUCCUGAACUGAAUAAAUCUGCGCGACGCCUUCGGAAGGCACUCAGUGCUGAGAUGAAGGAAUGCACAGCAUGUCCCGCUGUCCCACAUUUUAAAGCAUCCCAACGGAAGCUAUUGAUUUCACUUUUCCAUGAAUUUGGAGCGCCGCCUUCCCCUAGACGAGUGUGACCAUACUCAUCUCCGGCACUUAUCAAAGGUAUGCCAUCAGCACUAAAGAGGAUUGUCAGCAAAGACCGCAUCAUCAAAUUUGUCUCCACAGCUGUUGGUGGUACAGGCGGCAUUGCUCUUAGCGGUGCCCUCGAUUUCAUAAAGUCUGAUGGGCCAAGGACGUCUUCACCUAGUCCGCGAGGAUGCGAAAUGCCCGUGGUUGUUUCCACUUUAGCACGUGCUGCGAGAUCACUUGCUGUGUCAGCCAAGGUUUUCCCAUGCGGAGAGAGGGUGAGCGAAUUAAUGACGUGGCCAAAGGAUGAUGAACGACAGUCCUUGAUUAGAUCCGCACUUCCGCAUACGCGGCUUGCGAAGUCUCGAAGUGCUCCAUUUGAACCUUCCAUGAAUUUG